CACAACUGUUUUGUAUAGCGCUAAAGUCCCUGUUGUGUAUCUCUUUUUAUGUCCUAUUGAUAUCGGUGAACAUAAAGAGAACUAAAAAUAUCAGCUAAAAUCGUGCGAUAUAUUUUUUUAUUUGGGUAUCAACUCCACACAGUAGCAAAUGGCAGCCUCCAGAUGUCAAUAGCCUGGUCUUCGUUAUUCAUGGCAUCAGUUCUGUAGCCUUUGGGAAUAUCGAUUCAAGGCGUAUUUCUCGAUCGCCGGGCCUCUGCAUCGAUGAUAAUCUCAUGUCGAUUCUGAUCCACGAGAAAUCUUAGCCCGGCCAGGCUGUUACAUAACGAUAGGCAACAGUGUUCUGCCUGUAUACGCACUGAGAGCUUUUUAUUGAUAAAGAGACCGCCGUCUGGAUGUCAGGAUACUAUAAAUAAUAACUACUAGUGAUAUACGGACAAUGGAUGGAGUGCAUGAACAAAUCGAAAAUAUGUCAGAAAGUGGCAUGACAGAUACAUCACUUCCUGUGUCAAAUUCGACGUACCUCAUGGAUCUUCCCACAGAGCUUCAUUUACACAUCGCAUCGUUUCUCUCGUACCCAGAUGCCCUCGCUUUAAAACAUGCUAAUCGCCAUUUCUACUCCUUUGUCUAUACAGGUGUACAUCUGAAGGUUGACUGGCUGGUCGAACGAUUUGAGCACAAGCUUGAAUGCCCCAUGGAAAAGUGUUCCUUUCGCACCGACGAGGCAUUUUGUAAUCGGCGAAUCAGGAGGAUUAUGGAGAGACGAAGACGGCAUCUUGAGUGUAAACCAGGCGCACGGGGCUGUUUUGUGAUCGAGGGAGGAAGUUGUAAGAAGGACGUUGUGCCAAUUUGGCUAAAGAAGGAGCUGAGAUACUGGAAAGGGUGGAAGUAUGAGGUUUUGAUAUUCGGCUUACUGUUCCUGUUCUGGACCUUGGUCUGGGAUGCUGUUGGCAGAACUCUCUUCAACCAACAUCCAACCAGCCUGUCGCUGCUGGCUCCAUUGUAUUCACGACAGCUGUGAAACCAGUUCUUGGUGCUAGAACAAUGCAGAGGCAGCCUGUUUGUGUCUUUUUAUUUAUAUCCAUUGAGUGGGUGAAAUACGACCAACUAAGUAUGUAUUUAUGAAAAGCAUGUCAACGUGGUGGUUUCGAAGGCGAACUCGAGGGUGGUGCGUUUUAUGUUUUGUUUUUCCAAUGUCUCGGAUGCAGGUGAUGUCUUACUAUUGCAAGCGUUGAAGUCGAAAUCUUUCUGUUCUCGCAACGCCUCAAGUGCUAGUCAUGGAAUAAUUGUGCAUAUCUCAUGUUUAUAUGAGAACGAAAUGGGCUGGUCCCGGUACUUUCAGGAUUCAUAUUCAACAAAUUGGACGAUCCAACUGUCAUAAUCUAUCAGAUUCCAACAAAACCGAUUUGAAU